AUGAGUAAAUUAGACGAAAAUGAAGUACGCAGACUUCUUGAAGAAAAAGGAUAUAAAAACAUCCAUCCAGAAACAUUAAAAGAGUUUAUGCUAUCGCUUAACGAUGAAAAUGACGCAGAAACAGAUUCUCAAACAGAAGAAGAGGAAGAAGUUCAAGAAAUCAAGCCCAGGAAAAGGCCACCUAUAAAGAAUUCUGUAUCUCCAACUUAUCAAUCACCUGUUAAAGAAAACAGCAGAAUUUCGCAAUCAAAAGGAUCAAUUAACUCAAAAGCAUCAUUAAUGAAAGAAAAUCAAGCGCCGAAACCAAGUAAAGAGACAAAAAUUAACUCAAGUUCGAAACAAUCAUCACCAAAAAGAAAUAAUCCUGUUUCAAAUUCGAAAUUACAAAAUAAUGACGAUGAUGAUGAAGAAACAGCUCAAUGGGCUAAAAGGAUACAAGAUCUGAGAAAUAAAGCUGAUCAGCUUGAUCAAAACUUACAAGAAUGUCGUGAUAUCAUCAUGGAAGAUCCACCAGAAGAUGAUGGUGUUGAAGUGGAUGUUCCUAUGUACUUUGGAACAUCAGAAAGAAAGCUUGAUCCAUACCCUGCAGUUAAAAAGGAAUUAGUAGGUGGAUUUAUCCGACCACCACCAGUUAAACCAAAUAAAAAGAAAGGUCCGGUCGCUGCAAAGAAAGGAAGACGAUUAUUGUAUGAAGAGAGAUUCCCAGACUAUGUUCCUCCUCCAGAAAGAAGACGCGAUAGUUUAAGGUGGAGCAUAAGACAAAAGUUAGCUUAUAGUGAUCCUGCAUAUCAUAAUUAG